ACCCAAGAUAAUGGAGCUCCAAAUGGAUAAAAGAUUCCACAACUUGACCCUGGAGCAAGUCCAGACUCUGGACCAGGUGUUGACAGAGGUGAUCCCCAUCCACGGCCGAGGGAACUUCCCCACCCUGGAGGUGAGACCCAUGGACAUCAUCCACGUAGUGAAGGACCGGCUGGUGGAGAGGGAGAUCAGGGUCAGGGACAUCCGCCUCAAUGGCUCCACCGCCAGCCAUGUGAUGGUCAGGGACAACGGCACGGGCUACAGAGACCUGGACAUCAUCUUUGGAGUGGAGCUGCCCAGACAGGAGGACUUCCAGGUUAUCAAGGAGGUGGUACUGGGCAGCCUGCGUGACCUCCUUCCCCAUGGGGUCAACAGACGCAAGAUCACCUGUCUCACCAUGAAGGAGGCCUACGUACAGAAGAUGGUCAAGGUCUUCAAUGAGCACGACCGCUGGAGCCUAAUCUCACUGUCCAAUAACAGGGGUAAGACUGUGGGGCUCAGGUUUGUAAAUUCCCUGCGGCGACAGUUUGAAUUCAGUGUAGACUCCUUCCAGAUUAUAUUGGACCAUAUGCUGGAGGCAUAUUGGGAGACUGAGAGGAGGCAAGAGGGGCCAAGCUCGGCCUUAAAAGACAGGGUCAGCAUCACUGUGGUAGCAGAGUGCAUGUACGGUGACUUUGAGCAAGCCAUGGAUCACCUGCGCUUCCGACUCAUUUCCACCCAUAACCCAGAGGAGAUCAGAGGAGGUGGACUUCUGAAGUACAGUGACCUGCUCGUGAGGAACUUCAGGCCAGCCAGUGAGACAGAGAUCAAGUCCCUUGAGCGUUACAUGUGCUCCCGCUUCUUUAUUGACUUUCCUGACCUCAGCGAGCAGCAGCGCAAAAUCGAGGCCUAUCUGCGCUGCCACUUUAUUGGCGAUGAGGAGACGGGCAAAUAUGACUUUCUGAUGACCCUGCGUCGGGUGAUAGAUGAUAGUACAGUGUGUCUGAUGGGACAUGAGCGGAGGCAGACACUCAAUAUGAUCACUGUCCUGGCUCUGAGGGUGCUGGGGGAACAGAAUGCCAUUCCCAAUACUGCCAACAUCACCUGCUUCUACCAGCCUGCACCUUACAUGGCUGACCCCAUAUUCAGCAGCUACUACAUUCCCCAGGCAGCACAGCCCCCCCUCCUUUACCACCCCUACCCUUUACAUGUUCACAUGCAGACCGGCCUGGUGUAGGUCCCAGCAUGUGAGUUGGGGAGAGCAUGAGGGCUGUGUUCUAUAUGGUUCUACUCUGUAACCAGAGGCACAAAAUAUAUUUUAAAAAGAAAACAGGCUGCAUGAGCACAGUUUGUUCAAUGCUUUGAAAAGACACUGCCUAUGACAUGAGAGACAGUGGACACAGAAUAGGGAGGAUUGGAGUUCUUUAGAUAAAGGCCGGCCACCACGUCACCGUUACAUUUUUUGUUGUUGUUUUGAAUGGGAGAAAGAAUAGCUGUGAGGGAAAAUGUCAUAGGGAAAGAACCGUUUACAUGGCUGUUUUA